AUGGUGGCCGCCAUCUCCGCCGCGUCGGGCCGCGAGCCCGACAUCGUCUGCGGCAAGCCGAGCGCCUCGCUGGCCAGGGGCGGACCCUGCACAUACCAACCACGAGAGCCAGGAACUGAUUGGACAGACGAAGAAGAAGAAGAAGAAGAGGAAGAAGAAGAAGAAGUAGAAGAAGAAGAAGGAGAAAAAGAAGAAGAAGAAGAGGACACAGCACACAGCAGAACGCGGUGGCGGAUAUUGCAGAGAAGAGGCCUGAAUCCAGAGAGCACGUGCAUGGUAGGUGACCGGCUGGACACGGACAUUGCGUUUGGCCACGCCGGCGGCAUGCACACGUUGCUUGUGGAGAUCUUGGGGGAGAAGCACGUCCGCAUCCACGACCUCGCGGUGCGGCCCCCUUGGCCGCGACCUCACAUGGACGUUGUGCGGCUUUUGCGCGGACGCCCCCGCGCGAACGUAUACGUGAGCGGAACAUGCCCAUGGAACCGCAUACUCAUGGGGAUCGCGCCUUGGUGA